UAAGAUUGAUGGGGAGCAUGAAGCAUUUUUUUAAUGUGUUGACAGGCCCCAAUAAAUGCAUAAACUGCAUAGGACUCAUGUGGUCUGAAUGUAUUUUAGGGCUUUCUGGGAAUUGUCUUGACAGAGAACCUGAGCUGGACAAAGCAGCCUUGAUCUGAGUGAGCUAACUGACACAAUGAAGCUGUCAGGCAUCUUUCUGCUCCUCUCUCUGGCUCUUUUCUGCUUUUUAACAGGUGUCUUCAGUCAGGGAGGACAGGUUGACUGUGGUGAGUUCCAGGACCCCAAGGUCUACUGCACUCGGGAAUCUAAUCCACACUGUGGCUCUGAUGGCCAGACAUAUGGCAAUAAAUGUGCCUUCUGUAAGGCCAUGGUGAAAAGUGGUGGAAAGAUUAGCCUAAAGCAUCCUGGAAAAUGCUGAGUUAAAGCCAAUGUUUCUUGGUGACUUGCCAGCUCUUGUAGCCUUCUUUUCUCACUUCUGCUUAUACUUUUGCUAGUGGAUUCUUUUAAUUCAUAAAGACAUACCUACUCUGCCUGGGUCUUGAGGAGUUCAAUGUAUGUCUAUUUCUCUUGAUUCACUUGUCAAUAAACUACAUUUUGCAAAAGCAUUGACUGUGUUCUUACUCUGAGAUCAAGAAAAUAUAUACAUACAACAGAGAAUAAUUGAACUGGGAUAAACUUGGAUCAAGAAACCUAUUUUCCUGAUCUAAGUUAACCAUCCAGUCAUUGUGAGAUCUUAGGAAAAUCCCUUCCUUUCUCUUAUUCUUAGAAUCUCCAUGUUUAUAAUGAAGGAUUUUGACAACAUGACCAUAUGUUAUGCUUACAGUUACUUAAAAUAUCUAUCAUUUAUUAGAUCACAUAAUAUUCAUUCUUCCCAAUUUCAUAAAAAGCAUGUUAUAUAAAAGAAAAAUAUUUGUUCUCUACAGGUCAAUUUUUUACGCAUCUGGAAUGGAAAAUUUAGACUAUAUAAUUUCUAAAGACAUAUAGUAUUUGGUUUUCUGCAGUAGCAGUAUCAUAUUUUUUUGAGACAAAGUCUCACUCUGUCACCCAAGUUGGAGGGCAGUGGUGCAAUCUCAGGUCACUGCAACCUCCACUUCCCUCCUUCAAGCAAUUCUCGUGCCUCAGCCACCUGAAUAACUGAGACUACAGGUGCCCACCACUAUGUUCAGCUAAUUUUUGUAUUUUUAAUAGAGACGGAGUUUCACCCUGUUGGCCAGGCUGGUCUCGAACUCCCGGCCUCAAGUGAUCCACCCACCUUGGCCUCCCAAAGUGCUGGGAUUACAAGCAUGAGCCACCAUGUUGGGCCUUGGUGAAAGUACUUAUAUCUCCUAUUGGAACCCUCCCCACCAGCCAGACCAGAUUCCUACCAGCCAUCUUCCACACAAAAGUUUUAGUUUCACCACUUUGCCUUUGCCUAUCUGAAAUGUCUUUUAUGAUAUCUUCUGUCACACUGCCUAACUCUUCUUUUCUCAUACAAAUCUGAAUCUAAUUGCACCAUUUAUUUUAAGGCUUAUGUCAGGGGCUGUAUCUGAAAAUUGUCAUAAAGUAUCUCUUGUCUAGUUCUGACCUAUUCUUUGGAAAUGAAGGGAAAGCAUAUAAAAAUAAACCACAGAAGACUAGAUGACUUAUAUUUCUUAGAAAGAAGCAAGUCACAUAAAAAAAGAAGUCAACAGUCAAAAUAUACAGAUUUGGGCUACAGAGAUAUCCACACUCUCAAAUCUCAGUGAACACACAUUUAAGAUUUAUGCAUAUUGUAGUUUGCUUGUUUUUGACAAACCUGAUGAAAACAAGCAAUGGGGAAAGGAUUCCCUAUUUAAUAAAUGGUGUUGUGAAAACUGGCUAGCCAUAUGCAGAAAGCUGAAACUGGAUCCCUUCCUCACAACUUACACAAAAAUUAACUCAAAAUGGAUUAAAGACUGAAAUGUAAGACCCAAAACCAUAAAAACCCUAGAAGAAAACCUAGGCAACACCAUUCAGGACAUAGGCAUGGGCAAAGAUAUCAUGACUAAAACACCAAAAACAAUGACAACAAAAGCCAAAAUAGACAAAUGGGAUCUAAUUAAACUAAACAGCUUCAGCAUGGCAAAAGAAACUAUCAUCAGAGUGAACAGGCAACCUACAGAAUGGGAGAAAAUUUUUGCAAUCUAUCCAUCUGACAAAGGUCUAAUAUCCAGAA